UACGACGCGGAGUCCGACCCUACGACAGAACCGUUGGUCCUCACCGCCCUGAGCACCGGAGGCCCCUGGUUCUAUCACGAGAUCAUCUGGAAGGACAUGAACUCGGAUGGGAAGUUGGACGUCCUCACUGCGCGUGCCCAGAUUAAAACUUUUGGAGGUUCAAGCAAGCAACUUGUCUGGUUCGAGGCGCCAAAGUGGCAGGAACACGUGAUCAACAAUGGUGGUGACGUUUUCAUCCAAAAUGAAAAGAUCACGGUGAAGAAUGUGACUUAUGACGUCAUUCUGGCUGCAGUGUUUUUCUCCAAGUCGAUUGUGAUUACUUGGACGGAGGGAGAGGACUGGUUGGACGCCACCAAGAUCCACUCCAGAGUGAUAAGCGAAGAGACGACGAGUCCGUUCGCCCUGAAAUACUUGGACGUCAACGGAGACGGCAGAAAUGACGUAUUGGUUUCCUUGAACGAUGCGAAGAAUGGCAGUGUCAUUGUCUUUGAAAUGCCACAUGAUUUUAGGAGUGGUGCAUUCAUACGACAUGAGCUGUGUCAUGGCUUCAAGGCCCAACCCGAAGUCAUCCCGAUGCCAGGUCGGGGUAGCCCCGGUUUCAUCUACCCCUUGUCGAUGAAGACCACAGCCAAGGUCCUCAAAAAAUGGUCCUAUGAUGCUUCAAACAAGAUGUCCUUCCUGCUCUCUGGAGAUGACGGUGGUUUCGUCUAUAUUCUCGUCCCACGAAGCAACGACUCGGCAGAAUGGCAUUACGACCCCAUACCACUUUUCGAGGCCAAGACAACUGUUGGUGAUCUUUACGUUAAGGACUUGGACGGUGAUGGAAAUGAAGACAUUUUAGUUGCAGCUUAUAAUCUCAACCAAGUGCACAUCUAUUCAUUCACGCCCUAGGGUUUCUGUGAGAGGACAGAUUGGCCAACCCACCUGUCUUGCCUUGACAGCUGUUGAUGGGAAGAUCCCUUUUGUGAAAGGAUCUGCACAGUGAAAGACGUUUUAGUUGAUGCUUAUAAUCUCAACACAUUCAUUCAUUUACCUUAGAUUUCUGUGAGAAGAGGAGAGGGCUGCGUAACAUCAGGCUAUGAAAAUUAAAGAAGACAGCUUGGUUUUCUGUCUUGUCCAACUUUGAAGCCAAUAUCGCUGUUGGUGGACUUUGA